CUAAGUUUCAAUCCUCCAACAAAAGAAAAAAAAAAAAAAAAGAAACCCAUUAAACUAAAAAGCCUCCAUUAUUCUUGUUCCAUCUUUAAACAAAAAAGAAAAGAAAAAAAAAAAAAAGAAGAAACAUGGGAGUAGCUGAAAAAGAUCCACUUUCAGAGCUUAGUCUGCCGCCGGGAUUCCGAUUUUACCCAACUGACGAAGAGCUUUUAGUUCAAUAUCUCUGCCGAAAAGUCGCCGGCCACCAUUUCUCCCUUCAAAUUAUCGGCGACAUCGACCUCUACAAAUUCGACCCUUGGGUUCUCCCUAGUAAGGCGAUGUUUGGAGAAAAAGAAUGGUAUUUUUUCAGUCCAAGAGACCGAAAAUAUCCAAACGGGUCAAGACCUAACCGGGUCGCUGGAUCGGGAUAUUGGAAGGCUACCGGAACCGAUAAGAUUAUAAGUACUCAAGGGAAAAAAGUUGGCAUUAAAAAGGCUCUUGUUUUCUAUGUUGGGAAAGCUCCUAAAGGAACUAAAACCAAUUGGAUCAUGCAUGAAUAUCGCCUCAUUGAUACUUCCCGCAAGACCGGUAGUACUAAGCUGGAUGAUUGGGUUUUAUGCCGAAUAUACAAGAAGAAUUCAAGUGCGCAAAAGCUGCCACCAAUGACGAGUAGCAUUUCGAGUAUGGAAUGCAGCAAUGGGGGCUCAUCGUCCACGUGUUCUUCCUCGCACCUCGACGACGUUCUCGAGUCGUUGCCCGAAAUUAAAGACGGGUUCUUCAGCUUGCCUAGAGUUAAUUCUCUCCUAACUUUACAGCAAGAUCACGAGAAUCUCAAGUUUCAGAAUCAUCUUAUGGGGUCUACUAAUUUCGACUGGGCCUCCGCCGCCGCCGGAACUUCCUUUGAAGGCUACAACUCGGUCGCCGAACUCGCUCCUCUGACUCAGUCUCAGGCUCCGUCGGGGCUUAUUAGUUCCGACAUGUAUAUUCCGACCUGCCAACCGCCGAGGAGCACGGCGGAGCAGGAAGUACAGAGUGGAUUUCAACGGUUUCAUAACUUUGGUUGGUUGCAGCAAAAUUUCUCCAACUCCGGCAACGGUUUUGGGUUUUGAAAAAUGUCCGGUGACCGGUUUGGCCAGAGUUGGUGCGGUUUUGGGGGAGCGGGAUGGAAGAGUCUUUGUGUAGAUAAUUCUUUGGGCUAACAUUUGGGACUUCAAAAACACGACAAAAAAAAAUUAGGUCCAAAAUUUGAGGCAAUUUUUACUCUAAUACUUCCAUCAAAUAUUUGCACUUUUGAUUAAAUGUCCUAAUAAAUGUUGUAGUUUUACCA